CUCGGCGUGACGCAGCAGAUGUAAACAAACAGAGGCAGCGCAGCCAUUACUGAAGAAGUCGGACCGAACCUGACCCGUUUGCCUUCUUCCACCGUCGAAGGAAUCAGCCCAGCAGAACCGAACCGAACCGAGGGAACAUGAAGGACCCGAACCUCAGCACCUCCACGACCACCAACGUGACCCUGGCCGGGGAGGUGAUCCUCAGCAGCCAGUUCGGUUCCGAGGAGAACCCGUUCGCGGAGUACAUGUGGAUGGAGAACGAGGAGGAGUUCAACAGACAGGUGGAGGAGGAGCUUUGGGAGGAGGAGUUUAUCGAGCGUUGUUUCCAGGAGAUGCUGGAGGAGGAGGAGCAAAGGGAGUGGUUCAUCCCCUCCAGGGACCUCCCCUCUGUGGGCGUGGACCAGCUGCAGGAGCAGAUCGGUCUGCUCAUGCUGGAGGUGRACGCGCGCGGUGACGCCUGCGAUCUGGACGUGGUGAUGAAGAGCAGCCUGAAUCCCAACGCCAAGGAGUUCACCCCGGGCAUCCAGGAACACACCAUGUGACCCCGCCGGGCUCCGCCCCCUUUGUCCCAGUCUGCACUGUGACAUCAUCACUUCGAUGUCUGCUGUAUUUUCCAGCCGCCUCUCGAACCUUCAGCCUGACGUGUUGCCAAAGUUCUGCUGUCGCCUCGCAUGUGUUCUGAGAACGUUCACUUCCUGUCCGCUGCGUGUGUCUGAGGAAACUCUGAAUGUAAAUCAGCCGACAGCGGCGCCGCUCCGACGGCUUCGUGGCUUUAUUUUUCAUUUCUUUGUUUUUUAAAACCCCAAAUCCACCUGAGUGUUCUUGGUUCUGUUGACUCACCUGAAACUGACUCCGAUCCACUUUAAUCCAAGUUUGUCUGGUUUAGGCUGACGUGUGCGUGUGUGUGUGUGUGUGUUUUUUCCCAGCAUCCUUUGUGUUUCUGACUUGUGGCUCUGCUGCUUCAUUAACUGAUGUAAACUUUUUCUAAACGCACAGAAAGUACUGUAUAAAAAGUCAUAUAAAGUCAAAAAA